GAAAAGGUAAGCAGAUUUCGCAGGCCACCAAAGAAAAAUACUGUACCCCGUCGCCAUUUUGGCUCAAGAUCCGGCCCACGCGCACAGACUAAGGCAUCGGCAGCGCCACCGCUUCCUCACCCAAGCAGCAGAGAUGGCGCCGAUGAUGAAGUCCACCGUGAUGACCAAGAGCGCCCUCACCGCAGCGCUGGCGGAGGCCUGCGAGGUGAAGAGGGGCGUGAUCGGCACGGCCCUGAGCACUCUCGCAAGCAUUGCGUCGACUGAGGCGAAGAAGAACGGCAAGUUCGUCAUCCCGGGAGUUGUGAUGAUCAAGACCCGCCAGAAGAAGGCGACCAAGGCGGGGAAGCGCGAGAUCUUCGGCAAGGUCGUCAUGGUGAAGGCGAAGCCGGCCAAGACCAUCGUGAAGGCCUUCCCCGCGAAGGCCCUCAAGGACGAGUUCUGAGGGCCUCCCGGUCUGUGGCGAGCCUUGCGAAGAGGCUCCGCGUGUGCUCCCCCAGUUUCUCCUCGUCCAUCCCUCCCCCCUCCGAGGAAUCUUCGUGUCAUUUUGUCCAGGUUGGCUGGAGGGUGCGUGGUCAUGCAUGGCCUUCCGGUCCCAGGACGCUCGGCGAGGGCGGUCAUUUGUAUUCCACAUGCGUCUCGCAGAGAGAAACAUCAUUGCACACCCCGGUCACGAAUCCGAAAUGAUUUGAUUCGUGAGCACAUGCAGCUUUUCCUGCUGGGCUGGUUGGGGCAGCCACGCUGGA